UAUAAGAAAAUAGACAACUUACGAUUGUUGCUUCAUACGGACGCGGUAACGCGUGCUGCUCGCGCUGCUGAAACAUUGUGUCUUUGGUAGCCCUGACGCAUUCGCGAUUUUGUUUACACGCUACAGAACCUUGUAUUUUACGCUGGUUUUUGGUCCAGCUCUUGAAAUGAAAUUGGAUAACUUUCGGCUGAUCGAUGAAGUGCGAAAGCGUCGUGCUCUCUGGGACUCAACGAUGCAGCACUGUGCACGCAAGGAUGUUGGAGCCCUGCAAUGGCAGGAGGUAGCAAACAAAAUGAACCUGGACGUGCUAACGUGUAAAAAGCGCUUCAAAGGAUUACGUGAUAGCUAUCGCACCGAAAUACGGAAAAUACAGCAAAAGCGUAUCCCAAACUCAAAUUGGCCUUAUUUUCGUGCUUUGGAAUUUCUGCGCGAUAUAUUCGAUCCGGAUAAAUUAGUUUCCUUCUCACCAGUGCCGUUUGACAUAGACAACGAUUUCUCAGACUUUGAACAAAAUAAGCUGGAUGACUUUGUUAUUGACGUCGAUAAUGACGAUUCCUUCGACUUCGAUGUUAUGGGUGAUAUAUUCAAGCGGGAUACAGUGGACUCACAAAUCCACGAUUCUAGCUCCGAGCAUUCGGUGAUCAGAAGACAAAACAUUGAUGUGCCGAAUACAUGCACCACCAUGAAUAGAUCAGACGUGGAAACCUCACCCGGACUGUUAUCUCCCUUGCUGCCCAAAGCGAGAGCGGCGAAGCGUGCGAAACGUCGAAAGACAUCCUCGUCCACUGAUGGAGCUUAUCAAAAUGGCCAUACGACGACAAACACAAAGUCGACACCAGUGCCUGCUACAGCGGAUUCAACUGCCAAAGAUGAUCCCGAUUACAAUUUCCUAAUCAGUUUGCUGCCACAUGUGAAAACGUUAUCUAGUUUAAACAACAUGAAAUUUCGUACGGAGGUCAGUCGAAUGCUGAUGGAGAUGAAUCAGCAGGACAUGCAGUCGACGGAGCACUUGGGUGCCUCCAGCUUACCAAAACUAAAUCCAGCAUCAUCAGCUGGUGUUUAUAAUCACGAGCAUGACAGUGACACUACAAAAUAUAGUACGGGGACUGGCUCAAUGAAUGGAAGCGCUUUUCUCGCUCAUAGUUCGAUGAUCGAGUGUGAUGUUAAGAUCGAGAACGAGCCCCUAUAUUGAGGAUUGAACAAGAAUUUAGAUGUAAAUACAUAAAUCCUAGACCUUAAGCUAUAAACUCGCAAUUGGCUGCAUCCAAAUUUUAGUUUUACGGCGUAAACCCAAAUAUUACAAAAACUGUGUCUGUAUCUGAUAAAUGGUCCCUCACUACGCCACUACACAAACACCCAUAUUCUUAAUGCGGUAAUUAU